UUAGUAAGGCAGACAACCAAGCCAUCAGCUAACCAAUCAGUCAGUCAUUCAGUCUGUCUGCGGCAUUGCGCUUUCCUAGUCUGCACAUUUUUUCGCUGUGCGCGUAAAGUGUCGAGCGUAUUGAGCGCAUUGAAGUUGUUCGAGCUCGUAAUCAUGAAAUUUUUUUCCACAUUUGUCGCGUUUUUCCUCACCUGCAUUGUUUUCCAUUACAAUUGCAAUGCACAGCCAAUCGAUCGAUUGGCGGCUGCCACAGCGGCGGGUAUAAUUAUCGAUGCGGCACCUUCGGUGGUCUCCUAUCAGGGCUCUUCGCAGGCGCAUGCGCAUCUCGUACUAGCGCCCAUGGGUCGGUCUUUGGGCUAUGUGGAACCGUUGGAUGUGAAUCGUACAUUGGCGCGAAAUGAACGCUUAGACGAACGACACGAAGUGCUGGAUAUCAGUCCGGUGUAUGUGCCAGAGUGAAGGGCGCCUGUGCACUGAGUGGGGUGCACAAGCAUUAAACGAACAAAGUGAACCGUUGUUCAUACAUACCUAUGUAAAUAUGUUUAUAUGUAGGCCUGUGCAAAAAGCAGCUAUUAAUGCGUGCUUGCUAUUUUUUCCUAUUCGAUGAUAGAUUGAUAAUAUUUGUGUUGAUAUUUUUAUGUACGAGUAUAAGUGAAUUUUAGUGAAUGUUGGUGUUUCUAAUGAACUUAGAAAGCUUUAAAUUUUUGUAUUAAUA